CCGAGGCCGGCGGAAAGAGCUCGGGGUUCCCGGGCAGGGAUUUAGCUUGGGCUGCUUCGUCCCCUGCGCGCCCCGAGCGGCCCGGCAUGCGUAGAAUGGCCUUGUCACCAAAGGAAGGCCCUGCCGUGGUCUGAGCCCCACAGCUCAGCUGCCCAGGACCCAUCCGUGGCUAUGGGCGCCUCCAGGGAUGGGCGCCCGCAGCUCCGGGCGGCAGUGCCAGCGCCUCACCGCCCUCUGAGUGAAGGAUUUCCUCCUCCCAUCUCACCUAAAUCAUCCCUCUUUUAGUCCAAAGCCGUUCCCCCUCGUCCUGUCGCUGUCUGCUGGUUGUGUGCUGUGCGAGCAGGAGGGGCUCGAUUUUUGGCUGCAGAGGUGUCCCAUCCUCCAGGGAUUGCUGGCAUGGUCCUUAAGGUCUUCUUUCCUUCGUGCUGCUCCUCGGCAGAAAGCGGCAUUUUGAUCGGCCGCUGGAUCCCAGAACAGAGCUCUGCUGUUAUCCUCGCCGUGGUCCAUUUCCCCUUUAUUCCUGUUCAGGUGAAGCAAUAUCUCAGGGAAGUCCAGCAGGUGACUAAGGUCAGCAUUUCUGUGCUCGGCUCAUGGAACAACAGCAAACAGGAGAAAGAAGAGAGCCUGAGUGAGUUCUUGGAAGACCUUGGGACGAUAUUUUCUCAUGAGCCAUGGAUUCAGAUAAGCAAAGAGGGAAACAGCAAAUUCUGGAACUGUUCUACCCUUCAGAAACAGUCUGACAACCACAGAGAAGAAGAAAUCAUCUUAGUGUAUUAUGACCAACGUAAAGUCAUGCUGUCCCAUCUGCACCCCCCCUUGGACACGGCUGACCUCGGGGCAGAGGAUGCCUCCAAGCUCUCUGCCAUCUUUAACACAGUUGCAAGCAGCAAGGUGCUCUUCAUGACAGACAGGUACGAUGAUGGGCCCAUUAAGAUGACCCACUGGCAGUCGGAUGGCGUUGAAGCAAGUAUCAUUGUGGAGCUGAUGAAGCAGGCCUCAGUGCCUGCCUGCAUGCUGCUGACGUUCCUGCUUUCACUUGUUUCUGGGGUCUGCAACAGCAGGGUUCUGAAGUUUUGGCCUUUGUCUUUCUUGUGGAGCAAGCUCUCAACCUGUGAGCAGCUGGGCCACCGCCUGCAGCACCUCCAGGUCAUCAGCAGCAGCAAGAAGGCUCAAAACCAGACCCAGCUAAUGAGGAAAGCCAACAUCUUUGUCUCUCUGCUGAUUGAUGUGGCUCUGGGGAUACUGCUAAUGUCCUGGCUGUACAGAAAGAACCAGAUCGGUCACCUUGCUGACACUCUCAUCCCUGUGGCUGAUCGUGUAGCUGAAGAGCUGCAGGACCUGCUCCAGUGGCUGAUGGGGGCACCAGCUGGACUGAAAAUGAACCGAGCUUUGGAUCAGGUGCUGGGUCGGUUCUUCCUUUACCACAUCCACCUCUGGAUUAGCUACAUUCACCUGAUGUCCCCAUUCAUCGAGAUGAUCCUCUGGUACGUUGGUCUGUCAGCUUGUCUGGGUCUGACCGUGGCUCUCUGCAUCCUCUCUGACAUCAUUGCACUUCUGACCUUCCACAUCUACUGCUUCUAUGUCUAUGGAGCGAGACUCUACUGCCUGAAGAUCUACGGCCUGUCGUCUCUCUGGCGUUUGUUCCGUGGGAAGAAGUGGAACGUCCUCCGGCAGCGGGUGGAUUCCUGCUCCUAUGACUUGGACCAGUUAUUUAUUGGCACGUUGCUGUUUACCAUCCUGCUGUUCCUUCUGCCUACAACUGCACUGUACUAUUUGGUGUUCACCCUGCUCCGUUUGCUGGUGGUGAUUGUGCAAGGCCUGAUCCACUUGCUGGUUGACCUGAUUGACUCUCUGCCUCUUUACUCGGUCAUCCUUCGGUUGUGCAGAUCCUACAGACUGGCAGCUGGUGUGAAGUUCAGAGUCCUCCAGCAGCAGGAUGGAAAACCUCUUCGACUCCUUAUGCAGAUCAACCCUCUAUCAUAUGGCAAUGUGGUACAGACAUACAGGCUGCCGACCUACAGCUGUUACCCCAAGGAUUCCUGGGCGUCCCUCUGCAAGAAGCUGUUCCUUGGAGAGCUGAUCUACCCUUGGAAACACAAAGGAGAGAAACAGGAGUAAAAAAACAAGACAAAACAAAAAACAAAGCAACCACAAGAGCCAGGACUGUAAGACUUGGUUAGAAAAACAUAUUGAUUCCUAAUGCUUUUGGACCAAAGGUAUCUCAGAGCCAGCAGCUGCUGGAUCCUUUUAAUUACAUUUUGGUAACGUGGGAUGGGCUGAAUUUUUGAAGACAAAUAUUUUUAAAUAUUAUUCUUCAACUUUCCAUUUCCCCUACUGUGUGUUUGAACUGGUUUGGUUUCCAAGCUGUUUCUUGUUAAUGCAGUGUUCACCCUACCUGAGAUGUCUGCCUGCUGGCACCAGGGGCUAAUGAUUAUUGUUGGAGCAAAAGGUUAAAGCCACCAGUGCCUCGUGGAACCAGCAUGCAGUGUAAUCAAGGAAGUACCUCCUGAGCAUUUGAUGCUGUGUACAUCUUGUUGUGAAUUCACAGAGCCAUAUUAAAAACAGCCCUUCUGGUGGUUCUAAAUCACA